GUUCUUUUGUGUUUGGCUCGUUGGGACGAACAGUCGUCGGAGCAUUUUUCUUCACUCUGCUACAUCUGGUAGUAGUAACCGUCAGCGGCCAUAUGAAAUUUAACCCCAUUCAUUCAUUUUCAGACACACUUUUGUUCUUUUUGUUUACAUAAAACAACGGUUUUUUAGGGUGGAAAGCUGCGUGUUUCUCUCUGCUCCGUCGUUCUUUUGGACGUUUAUCGGUUUAUGCCUCGGUGACUGUCCGUUGCAGGCUGGGUGGUGACAGCACAGUACAAUGAUCGAGCGACCAGAGACUGCGGUUCCCAGCAUCGCUCAGCGGAACCUGGAGGGCUAUGUGGGCUUUGCGAAUCUCCCCAACCAGGUGUACCGGAAAUCGGUCAAAAGAGGUUUUGAAUUCACUCUGAUGGUUGUAGGUGAAUCCGGUCUUGGUAAAUCAACACUCAUUAACUCUCUGUUCCUGACUGACCUGUACUCCAAGGAUUACCCCGGGCCAUCCCAGCGCAUCAAGAAGACUGUCCAGGUGGAGCAGUCCAAAGUGCUGAUCAAAGAAGGAGGGGUCCAGCUGACACUAACCAUUGUCGAUACACCCGGGUUUGGAGAUGCAGUGGACAACAGCAACUGUUGGCAGCCUGUUAUAAACUACAUCGACAGUAAGUGCGAGGACUUCCUGAAUGCAGAGUCGAGGGUGAACCGCAGAUCGAUGCCAGACAACAGAGUCCACUGCUGCCUAUAUUUCAUUGCACCCUCUGGUCACGGACUGAAGCCACUGGACAUCGAGUUCAUGAAGAGACUCCAUGACAAAGUCAACGUCAUCCCUCUUAUUGCGAAAGCCGACACUCUGACCCCAGAGGAGUGCCAGCUUUUUAAGAAACAGAUAAUGAAAGAGAUUCAGGAGCACAAAAUCAAAAUUUAUGAAUUCCCAGACACGGAGGACGAUGAGGACAACAAGCUCAUCCGAAAGAUCAAGGAGAAGAUGCCGCUGGCAGUGGUCGGCAGCAAUGUGGUAAUCGAGGUGAACGGGAAGAAGGUCAGAGGUCGUCAGUACCCGUGGGGUGUGGCAGAAGUGGAGAAUGGAGAACACUGUGACUUCACUGUUUUACGCAACAUGCUGAUCAGGACCCACAUGCAGGACCUAAAGGACGUCACCAACAACGUCCACUAUGAGAAUUACCGCAGUAAGAAACUUGCUGCCGUCACCUGUAAUGGAGUGGACACCUCCAAGACCAAGGGACAGCUCACCAAGAGUCCCCUGGCACAGAUGGAGGAGGAGCGGAGGGAGCAUGUGAUGAAAAUGAAGAAGAUGGAGGCAGAGAUGGAGCAGGUGUUUGAAAUGAAGGUCAAGGAGAAGAAGCAGAAACUGAAGGACUCAGAGGCUGAGCUGGAGCGACGCCACGAACAGAUGAAAAGGAACUUGGAGGCGCAGUACAAAGAGCUGGAGGAGAAGAGACGAGUGUUUGAAGACGAGAAGGCCAACUGGGAGGCUCAGCAGAGAAUCCUGGAGCAGCAGAAACUGGACGCUUCAAAGACGAUGGAAAAGAACAAGAAGAAAGGCAAAAUCUUUUGAGGAGAGACGCGAGCUGUUCUCUGUUGUUUUUGUUCUUCAUCCCCUCUGAAGUUCACAUCAACUGUGGCCCUCAGAACACACAAACAUAACCAGACAUAACAUAACAUUCCUCUGUGUUACAUUUCACACGCAGAACAUUUGACACAGACGCCAUUUACACACACACACACACACACACACACACACACACGCAACUGACCACAGCAGCCCACACGCUCGUCUCUCUGCAGGGUUUUACUGUAUCUGCCGAGGCCAUUUCAUUUUCCUGGGGAAUGCAUGUGUUUGUGAAAUUCUAUUUUCCUAUUUUCCCUGACAAAGAGGAGAAACCCGAGUUCCUCUGAGCUACGAGUUAACACAUGGCAGGGACCAUGCAUAGCCAUUUGUACACAUGUAGUAGUCUCUGUGUGUGUUCUCUAGAUAUUCAUAGAUCUGCAGAUAGAUCCCUGUCUUCUACACUCUUUCAUUUAUUGUUCUCAAACAUUUAACACAAGUGUACGCACACUAUAACACUCAUAAGUCAUAAAGACCUCCUUGAGAGUGUGUUAGGAAAGGGGAGAGAUGAAGGUAAUGGUAUCAAGUGGCAGCUGAGGAGGGAAGAUGGGAAGAAGUCAGGUGGGAUUAAGGCCUGGUCACACCAGAAACCCUGACUUUGCAACAUAUUUGGUUGUAGAAGCUAUGUGACAUAGUGGCUACUCACAGUGCUAGCUGGUCAACUACUGUUGCUGUUGAGCUAACCACUAACACACUAGCUAGCUGGGAACAUGCUAGCGCUUUUUGAGCUUCUUUCUAUUUUCUCUAUACUGUUCCGUUUACUCAGGAUUGUACAUUUAAUUUAGUGAAGUGUUAUUAGGGAGGAGGGGGGCUCUCCAAGCUAGCGAGGUUGCUAACUGUCAGUUAGCAACCUUAUGGGUUCAGUCGCUAACAGGACAUUAGUUCACACAGUUUUUUAAAGGAUGUAUUUGUACCAUCGAUUUCUGUCUCAUAACUGUCUGCAAACCAUUCCUCUUUCAUUUCCUCUUUGGAACAUUUUUUACUCCGACAGGAGGUUCAAUAAAAGUGGUUGGUGGAACAUAAUUAAUAAGCUAUGAUACCUUUCUCCAUUUUGGGCUCUGUUCCCUAAAAGGUCAGCACUGUCAAGGUCAUUGUGUGAUUUCAAUUAAUGGAAUUGAUUUUGUUUCAAACUUUUACCAAUUUAAACGCUGGUGUGACCAGGCCUGUAGACAGGAUUUACAGUGCAGCAGCAGGUGUGUGUAUGAGCAGGUGUGUUAUAGUUAAUGCUGUGUUUGAGGUCAUAGAUACAGUCUGAUUUAAACUGCACAGACAGAAGAAGGGAGAUAAGAAUCAUGUGUGCAACAGCGGCCAGAAUAUUGUCGUUGCAGUGUGUGUUUCCUGUUUGAAUAGAGGACAAUAUGCAAAAGCCUCAUCUGUGUCUACAACUUUACAGGUUCCAGUGAUUUACAAAGAUGUUUUAUAUUGUGAUGUAAGUGAUGGGUGUUGUCAAAGACCUGAACCCUAAUGUCCAGAUUUUUGUGAUAUUUUCUCUUUGGUUACAAUGACCAAAGGGGAUAAUUCAUUAAAAAGCUGAACUAUUUCUUUAAAAUUCUUUCCUCCUUGGACGCUACAGAAAGAAAACUUUUCAGAGAAGUCUGCCAUAGCUUUAUCUCUGACUUCACUGUCAAAUAUUACACAUAAAAGCUUCCGCACAAAACUAAACAUUACCCCUCUGCUUUCCUGAAUAUGUCCAGGUUGGAGGCGAAGCAGAGUCAGAAAGCUGCACACUGUGCAACAGAUUUGAACCCUUAAUAUACCUUUCCCAGAGCUGUCAUGUUUUAUUUUCAUAUGAUGAUAAUAGUAUAUGUACGGUUGAAGAAUGACUCCUUCUUUCCCUUGUAGUUUUUCUUAAAUAACUCAUAGAUGAAUCUGUUAUUUUAGUAUAGUUUUCCAGACUGCCUGCAGUCUUCAUGAUGCAUUUAAAGCAACAUGCUAAAGGGACAAACCUUACACCCUCAACACAGAAAAUAUUACCUGUAUGGAUUUGUUCAUAUAUUGUGUACAUACUGGAGGCUGCUCAGUGGCCUUUUUUUUUCUUGAGUUUUUUGUUUGUUCUUUCAGAAUACUACAUGCCAGGAGUAACAGCAGAACGUAUUAUGUAAAACUUGUCUUAAGAAUCAGUGGAUACGUUUCCAUGCAUUUAUACUCUCUCACAGACACAUAUUACAUAUAUCUAUGCCAAUGGUUACACCUUCUCAGGACCGCUCCGUUAUGCUAGAUUUUCCCGAGAAAAGCAAUUCUGUGGUCCAACAAGUUUUUUAAAAAAGUGACUGAAUUUUUCUUGCUUGUGAACCACUCGCCCUUCCAAUAACACCAAGUUAAGAUAGACAUAAGUUAGGUGGAUUUUUUUGUAAUAUUUACUUUUUUUUAUAUAUGUACACUGUUUUCUGCUUCUCUUCUUUGUUUUAUCAAAUGUUCUGUCUCUAACUGUACAUGGUUAAUAUUAAAGUUGAAAACAUUAUGCUUUAA